CUUGUUUUCAUUCCUCUAACUUAGUCUUUUGUGUCAGUCACAUCGUCAACAAUGACAUCUUUCUCACCUUUGAUAUGGCUCGAUAAAAGUGUUUCUCAUCUCGCUUCUCUGGCCGAUGAUCCGAGUAUAGAUUGGAAGAAUAUAGUAGUAGCUUGUACUUGGUUGCAAACCGCUUUCGAGGUUUAUCUAUAUUCUCGUCAACUACGAUGUUAUUCUCUCCCAUCCCCACCACCAGAAAUCAAAGAUCAUCUCGAUUCUACCACCUUCUCCAAAGCUCAGAAAUACGGUAAAGAUAAAUGUCGUCUGGAAUUGUUGAAAACUGUUUGGUCACAGUUGUUAAGUUGGGGUUUGAUCAGUGGAGGGUUCUAUGUUCGGGCUUGGGGCUGGAGUGGGGAAUUGAUGAGAAAAUUUGGUCUGAGUGAGGAGAGAGUUAUCACACACUCUUUAAUCUGGUUCACCAUCCUCUCUCUCUUUCCAUCUUUACUUUCCCUUCCAUGGGAAUAUUACCGGACUUUUGUCAUUGAAGAAAGACAUGGGUUCAAUAAGUCUUCUGUGGGACUUUGGAUCAAAGAUCAACUGGUGACUUAUUCUUUGGUCGGCGUGAUAGGCUUGCCUUUGUUAGCUGGUCUCUUGAGGAUUAUAGGGUGGGCAGGAAGAGCUUUCGUUCCUUGGCUUAUGGUUUUCUUGAUCUCCAUUCAGCUGUUACUACAAAUCAUCUUCCCCACUUUCAUUCAACCUCUCUUCAACAAACUUACCCCUCUGCCGGAAGGUGAAUUACGAACCAUGGUAGAGAGCUUGGCGAAGAAGUUAAACUUUCCCUUGACACAUUUGUAUCAGAUUGACGGGAGCAAGCGAAGUUCUCAUUCGAACGCUUACUUCUACGGCUUACCAUGGUCAAAGCACAUCGUCAUCUAUGACACUCUUAUCGAGAAAUCCACUCCUACAGAGGUUGAAGCUGUGCUGAGUCACGAACUUGGUCAUUGGUACUUCUCUCACCCUACCAAACUACUCAUCGCUGCUCAGUUCCAUAUACUACUCAACAUCUCAGCAUUCCUCAUCUUCAUGCACAACAAAUCACUAUACUCUUCCUUCGGCUUUGACCCACGACUCGCUUCCCCCUCUCUUGGUCAAAGACAACCGGUUUUCAUAAGUUUUGUAUUGUACCAAAUGGUAUUAGAUCCCCUCGACACGAUCGUCAAGUUCUUCUUGAAUGCUCAAACUAGGAAGUACGAGUAUCAAGCUGAUGAAUUCGGUGUUCAACUAGGCAAAAAAGACGCUUUAUGUUCGUCCCUUAUCAAACUUCAUGUCACCAAUCUCUCUUCACCACAUAACGACUGGCUUUACUCGAUGUAUCACCAUUCGCAUCCUGUCUUACCGGAGCGUUUGCGGGCGAUGGACAAUAACAAGUCGACGCCUUUGAAACUUAAGGGGGAAAAGGAACUUUGAUUCACACCGUCAAUCGAUGACUUUGACUCGACGAGUUCAGUCUUUUGCGCUCUCAUCCUCCACCCACCAAGCUGUAGUGUUUGCAUUGCAAUAUGAUCUCACGAAAUGCAUACAGAUGUACCUGAUGCCCUG